AUGGGCCGCUCUACGAUCCCGCCUGCGCUCAUCGAGCUUUCGAAUCCUAGCAGCCCCGAAGCGCAGCUAAAUGCGCUGCGGAAUCUGAAGAAUGAGAUUGUGGGCCACGAGCAGAGGAAAGAACUUGCGGUUGUGCAUGGCGUUGUGAAGCCGCUUGCGGGCUUGCUGCGGACCGAGACGAGGAAGGGUGGGAAGAGGCGGAGAGGAGGAGGUGUUGCGAAUGGGAACUCUGGGGCUGGCAGAGAAGAGGUAGAGGUGGGGUGGACGGCUGAGGAUGAGCUGAGGUUCCACGCUACGCUUGUGGUGGGGAGUCUGGCGAAUGGUGGCCCGGCUUUCAUUACGCCGCUGCUUGCGGGCGAUGUUCUUCCUCCGCUGCUUGAAGCUCUGUCGCCGAGCGAAACGCCGUCUAAGCUCCUCGUAACUACUUUGCGGACGCUCAAUCAGAUCGUGGAUGCUGUAGCGCAGGAGAGACCGUUCUGGGACUCCUCGUCGCUGCUGUCGCAGUCGGUGAAUCAGCAGAUAUAUACGAAGCCUGUAGUUGAAAACUUGGCGGAGAUCCUGGCACAGACGGCAAGGUCGAGGGUUGUACACCAGCAGAUAUCGUCGGCGGCACAGCUCAUAACGAAGACAUGUCGGGAAGAAAGCCAGAAGAGAUUGCUAUUGGACGCGGGCGUGCUGGACUUGCUCACAGCGAAGAUGGCUGCGGUCGCCGCCUCGGACGAUCCGUCACGAAGACCAGAUACCAGACAAGCACAGACCGAAGCGCUGCCGGUGACAUAUCUGCCGGAUAUACUUGAGGCCAUAUCUGCGAUUAUCAAAGACUCGCAUUAUAACACGGCGCGUUUCGUGUAUUCACAACAUAUCCAGAAUCUCUUUGCCUGGCCGAAGGGAGCUUCAGGGACGUACGAGGGGUACAGUGGAUCGCAGGCGAGUUCUUGGGAUAAGCUGAUACCGAGGUUGCAGACGCUGCAGAGUAAAUCCGAUCCAUAUACAAAGAGUUGGCCUGCUCUCGGCUCGUUCGCAUCGUCAGCGGGCGAGGGUGGUAGUUACACGCGGUUACCAAGCAUGGAAUCUCUACAACCUUCGUCGAGCAGGAACAUCAUCUCAGACGAAUCCGAGACGCCACUUUUCACAUGGCUCAUGUUCGUAGCAAGGAGAGGGGAGGGUAGAGAACGCCUGGCCGCAUGCUGGCUGCUUGCUUUGCUGAAGAAAUUCGGUGAGCGCUGGUCUCUGAGCGAUCCCACGAAACCGACGCGUGAACGCCACUUUUCCUACCUUAUCAUACCGCUGGUGGUCAAGAUGAUCGAAGAGGCGAACCCCAACGCAAAGUAUGCGGAGAAGAUGCACUUGCUCGACCCUGCGGACAGAGAGGAGCUAAGAUUCGUUCUUGAACGAUCACCCCUGGUCCUGGCGGAGCUCAUUGCGAGUAAUAAGACGUUGCAGAGUGCCGCCGUGGAUGCAAAAAUCUUGCCUGUGUUAGUACAGAUCUUAAAGAAGUCAUUUGACCCCAUCACUACUUCCACGAAGCCGCUGUGGCAGCCGAGGUCUUCAGCACCCGCAGUUCGGGAUCCUAUGAUCGAUGCUGCGUCGUCGACGUUGGGAAGACCGGGACUGGGUGUCGACAUUGUGCACGCGUACAAGUACAGAGAAAGCGCUCUUCUGGCGUUAGCCGCGAUAGCGGAUUCUCAAGAUGGGUUCAGGAAGCUCAUCAUUGAGAUGGGUGGUGCGCCACUAAUCAUCGAUUCUCUUGUCCCCUUUACAAGCGAUUCACAAUCUGCAGGUGCAAGCUCAACAAUGGCCAAGGACGGCAAUCCGGAGGCUGUGCUUAUCGCAGCUUGCAAAGUCACGAGGUCGCUUUCGAGGUCGGUGAGCGUGUUGCGGACGAGCUUGAUCGAUCAUGGGAUUGCACAGCCUGUUUUCGAUCUGUUGACACAUCCGAAGAUUAAGGUGCAGAUUGCUGCUACGGAGGUCAUUACGAAUUUGGUCCUGGAGGUGUCUCCGAUGCGCACGGAAAUCAUUGAGGCCGGUGCACUGGAAACACUUUGUGAGCAUUGCCGCUCCGCCAACUUCGACCUCAGAUACGGUAGUCUUUGGGCGCUCAAGCAUCUAUGUCUAGGCCUCCCACCUCACAUGAGGAAAAAGUGUCUGGAUACAUUGGGCGUGGGCUGGCUUAAGCAGGUGCUCAACGGUGAACCUUCGUCGAAAGCAGCUCCUUCAGCGCCUCUCGGUAUGGGCACGCCCAACGCGGCGGGCGAGCAAGUCGAUAUACUCAACGCCGUUGACGAUCCUCACAUGGAUGUCGACGAAGAACCGUCUUCUUCAGAAGACGAAGACACCAUGACCGACAGCAUUCCCUCGCUCCGUCGGCACCAACGCCCAGGCUCACGCUACACAAGCGCAACAAACAUCCGCGACCGCCUCCAGCAGAUAAAGAGCGACGAACACGACACCAGUAUAAGCAACGAACGCGACGACAUCCGCAUACAAGAGCAAGCCCUCGACUUCGUCCGCAACUUUAUCACCGAAGAGAAAGCCUCGGGCGAAAUGAUCGACCAUCUUCUCAACGAAUUCAACCGCACCGAAUUCUUCGAGCUCCUCGAUUCGAAACUGCGUCCAAAGAACACAGCACCCACCUCCUCCUCUACCACCCAAACAUCCCAGAGCAUGACCGCCAACACCGGCAUCUCAGCACCAACCUACUGGUCCCCCUCCACCUCGCGCCUCUCCUCCUUCUCUCAAACCCAACCACCAACCCAGGCCCAACCAAACUGGGCCGCCUACCCCGCCACCGACCUCAUAAUCGCAACCCUCUACAUCCUCGUCCACCUCGCCAACGGCCAGCCCUCGCACCGCUCCCUCCUCAUCUCCCAAACACCCCUCAUGACGCAUAUCCUCCCGCUCCUCACACACCCCCGCCGCGACGUCCGCCUGCCCUGCGCGUGGUUCAUAAAUAACCUCGUCUGGGAAGAAGACAGCAGCGACGCGGGUCCCACGCGGGAGCGCGCGCUGCAGUUGAGGCAUCUAGGGUUUGAAGAAGGCGCACGGGGGCUGGGGCGGGACAUCGAUCUGGACGUUAGGGAGAGGGCGAAGACGGCGGUGGAGCAGUUGGGGAAGUUACUUGGGGGGCGCAGCAGUAUGGGAGCGCUUCUGGGCAUCAGGUUUUUGGGGAGGGGUGGGAGGUGGACUGGGCGGGUUGAGGGGCUGGGGGACGCAUAG